AAAACGUGUUUUACAGGUAUCCUGAAGCACCAGAGCAUGAUGUAGUUCAUUAAUGAGGCGAAUUAGACGCUUUCCCAGCCACCCUUUUUGAUGAGACCCUGCGCGAAAAACCAUUCACGGCGGCGACCUACCACCAACAUCCAGCCAUCUUUUCGACCUGCCACUCUUUUAACUAAUAGAUACUUGCUCCGCGCACGAACCUUGAAGAUGCAUUCCUUAAUUAAUUGCUUAUGUUAUUAUUGGCGGAGUUGCUUACAGGAUGAUGAAUCUUGAAUCUUUGGAUUUGCGAAGAGUGAAGCACUCACGACCACAGUUGCAACAAGUGCAAACGUCAGAAUUACUGAGCGGUGUGGAUGUGCGCUACGGAGAAAACACACCGUCACUUCCAUCGAGCAAUUCUGAUGCCGCUACGGUGACACGGUGGGCAACCCCUCCAUCUCGUUUUCGUACUCCGGAGCAAAGCGACGAGAACUUGGAAGAUUCGGUAGAGACUCCUCUGAUCAGAGCAAGUGACUGGGAAGCUUCUCACCAGCGAUACAAUAGCAAUAUGGUUCGAUUUGACGAACAACAGAUAAGAGGUAUGGAAGCCGAAGCCUCAGGGAGACCGAGAAGAAUGUCGGAUCAGGUGGAGGAUGAGAGCCCGCCGACUCCCAAUAAUGACGAUACACCAUUUAUCCGAUUCGCGAUCGAUCAAUUGACGAGGGAUGAGGAAGCGAGACGAGAAGCAAGAAGAACUCAACAACUCGAGCAAGGCCAACAACCAACCAAUUCGCAAAGCUCCGAGGAAUAUCCAGUGGAAAGAUUGAUUCCAGAUGAAAAUCGGUAUAUUCCCCAACGACCAACACGAGCAGAACUCGCACUCAUCAGGAAACAUCGUUCUACACCUGGACCCGGACGAUUGUUUGGAUUCAACGCCACGCCGCCCCUCUCAACACCGCCUACUGAAGACGAGGGAAGAGUACCCAUCAGAGCACCCCAACCAGCCCGCUCCUCUCCCAAUGAAAAAGAUGCCGAAAUCUUCAUUCCCACACAACCUCCUCCCAACACCAAACGAUACCCCGAGCUCAAAUUUCUUCCCACGAUCUUGCGACCUUUUUCUUUACUAGCGAUUAUUACAUUAUGUCUUAUGAUGACUGCCGCGAUCAUGUUUUGCGCGAUCUAUGCGAAUUAUCACGAUGGUCUUUAUCCAUGGACUACCGGCGUUGACGGGGGUAGAUAUUUUAUAUUUGGAUUUUUACCACAGAUUCUCGGAGCGUUUAUAUUUUUAUAUGUUCAAUACGUAAUGGGUGCCAUUACGAGAAUAAUGCCAUACGUACUAAUGGCGAUGGAAGAUGCGGAGCCCCGCACCAACGCGUUAUUUUUGGAAGCUUUUCCUCGCCAUAUGUUGUGGCCGAGAUGGGACGGUCCCAUGAUGAUAGAUAUUGGGGCAUCGUGUUUAUGGUUAUCCAUUUUCACGAUUCCGCUCCAGGGAUGUUUGUUUUCCGUAGUGUUGGUAGAGGGAAAUUGGAAAUGGACUGCGGUGCAAGGGAUUGCGUGGACUUUGGUUGCGAUCUACAUAUCGAUGUGUAUGGGAUUAGUUCUGAUCGGAGCUUUUUUCUUCCGUCGAACAACGGGAUUAUCAUGGGAUCCUCGAUCGUUGGCUGAUUUGAUCGCGCUACUACCACGAAGCAAUAGUCUUAGAGAUUAUCCCGGUACCGAGACCAUGAAAUCUAAACAGGAGAUCCGAGUCAAAUUAGCCGAUCGAAGCGAUCGAUUGGGAUAUUGGAGAACCCCUAGUCCGACACAAGGAAUUUUCUACUCAAUUGGAGAAACGGGCGCGCCUAUCAGACGGUAUACCUUAGAAGGCGGAAAAGCAGAGAGAAAAGUAAGCAGCGGUAGUGGUAUCCCAGAUCUGGAAGACAAUCGUUCAUCUCUCCAUGAUGACGCUACUCGAUUCCGAUACAUUCCAUGGUUUUUGCGCGACACAUUCGUAGUUCUAUGGUCUGUCACAGCUUUUUUCCUGUUGUUGGCUCUGAUCGUCGUAUCAUUUCUUCCAUCUACAGCCAUACGUCACGGAUUCAAACCCUUAGUUGUUGCCGAUCCCAACGGAUCCGGAUAUUCCGCUGCAAACUUCCUAUACAGUUUCAUCCCAUCUCUGAUCGGAAUGAUUCUCUACCUCCUUUUCCAACCCAUCGACAUGGCCUUCCGCAAACUCCAACCGUGGGCCGAACUCUCCAAACCCGACGGCUCUCCCGCAGUAAAAUCUCUCCUGCUCGACUACCCCGCUUCUCUCCCCAUCCAAAGCACCAUCACUGCGCUUGGAAAUGGUCAUUUCCGAGUCGCCUGGUUUUCUCUCGUCUCCCUUCUCUUCAUCAUCCUUCCCAUUCUCGCAGGAGGAUUAUUUUUCCCUCUGACCAUCACUUCGGGGGAAGUGCGCAUGCUUCCCAAUCUUCCUUCUUUCUACAUCCUCCUCGCAUUCCUCGUCGUUUAUUUCCUGACUCUUCUCCUUACGAUUUCUAAGAGGCGCACUAUGCAUUUACCACAUCCGAUCGAUUGUCUAGCCGAAAUAAUCAGUUUUGUACAUUCAAGUAACAUUCUAGAUGAUGCGGCGUUUAGCGCUCCUCGAUCUAAGAUAGAUUUGGUGACAAGACUCGUGAGUACAUCCUCGGAUUUCAGAGGAGCAGGUGCGAAAUAUGCAUUUGGAGUUGGAAUGGGUAGGGGUGGAAAAGAAGGCUUAGGAAUAGAGCGAUUAGGAAGAAGAGGGGCUGAUAAUGCCAUGAUUAUGGGGUAAUUGGCGGAUAUGGGAAUGGAUGGGAUGAUUGGAUGAUGGCUUAUGAUUAAAUUUUUAAUGAUUGAUGAAUGCUUGAAUAAAUCUAAUGUGACGGACGCAUGGAAGGGGUUUUUUUGUCUUGGGUUGGAAUCUCGACUUUGGUCAUGCGCGGUGUUUGGGAUUGGGAAAGCAUGGUGAUGAAAAAUUAGAUGAAAUAAGAUGACAUGAGAUGGUUUUCAGUAUGGAUGACAAACACAUUAUCAACAACAGAGUACGUCGCUCACAAGCCUUAAAGUCGAGUAUUUGAGCAGGGAUAGCGAGGACUAGACUAUAAUGUAGUAGUCUCUAUACUUUGUUAUAAAGAAAAAUUUCUCCCACUUCAAGCCGUCUUCGAACUGUACCAUUCACCCUUCAUCACAUCUUCAGAACUCAUAUAUCUGUGUGCUUGUAGCGCUACAGAAGGGAAGAGUGUGAGUAAAAGUAACAAAUUC